AGCGGCAUCCGUAACAAGCAGAAGCGCUCUGAGCUUUACCACAAGCUGAAGCACCAAAAGGAGGCAAGCGGGGCUAAAGAGCGGCGCAAGCGACAGAAGGACGCGGCACGCGCGGAGGAGUUGGGGCUGGAGCCGCCACCCAAACCCGUGCAGCAUACUCUUGAAAACACCCGCGAGGCGGAUGACACGAUGGUGGACCCAGAGGACGCGGAGGUCAUGGCGGACGAGAACGAUGACGAAUUUGCGGGUGUGUCCCACUUCGCCAACGCCCGAGCCCCCAAGGUGCUCAUCACGACGUCGUACAAGCCCUCCAAGAUCAUGUACACGUUCUUAUCGGAAAUGCUGGAGCUGCUUCCUUGUGCAGAGUACUACAAACGCAACGGCUUCCCGCUAAAGAAGAUCGUCAAGUUCGCCGCCAACCGGGACUACACCGAUCUGCUGGUGGUCAAUGAGGACCGAAAGCAGGCAGGAAUCAUCAACGGGCUACUUCUGGUGCACCUUCCUGACGGCCCCACCGCUCACUUCCGGCUGUCAAAUCUGAAGCUGGGCAAGGACAUAAAGGGACACGGCCGUACAACCUCCCACAAACCCGAGCUCAUACUCAACCACUUUGACACGCGGCUGGGACACCGACUGGGCCGCAUGCUGGCAUCGCUUUUCCCGCAGGACCCCCAGUUUCGCGGCCGGCGUGUGGUCACCUUCCACAACCAGCGGGACUUCAUAUUCGUGCGGCAUCACCGGUAUAUCUUCGAGGAGAAGGAGACCCGCGACUCGGGGGACGCCAAGGGGGACUCCGCCAAGAAGAAGAAGGCGGUCACAGCUCGACUGCAGGAGCUGGGGCCCCGCUUCUCCCUGAAGCUGCUCAGCCUCCAGAAGGGCACCUUCGACAGCCGCAACGGGGAGUUCGAGUGGCUGCCCAAGAAGGAGAACAAGACCAGCCGCCGCAGGUUCUUCCUGUGA